AAAAAAGCCAACAUUUGAGAAUGAACGACAUCCCAGCGACAUGGCUUGCUGGAAUCUCCAAAUCCUUGUCUCGUUACCGCUUGUGUUCUCCGUCCAAACAUGCUUUUCCACGGAUCCGACUUCCGCUUGUCGACCGUUCUGCGUCGGGAACAACUGCUUGGUUAUCAACCGAGACAAAGUGGAUUUUUCAACGGCAGAAGAACGAUGCCGAGCCAGGAAAGGACAACUAAUGACUUUUCAAUCUCCCGGAGAUGACAGAUUACAUGAAAUGAUAAGGAAAGAACUGAACGGGAAUUUUUGGAUCGGACUUUUUUUACCGGCAAAUACAUGCAGUAGCUUCUCGGCUAAAAUGCGAGGCUACGAGUGGACGUCUGGUCGCAGGCGCAGCGAUCACAUUCCUUCUUUUAUCACCUGGAAAAACGACAUAAGAGUCUGUUCUCCAUAUUGUGUGUCACUUUCCGAUGACCGAACCUUCACGGAAAAACCAUGCACUGAAAAAACCGACGGCUUCCUCUGCAGAACCUACCACAAAAACGCAUGCGUGGUAGAAAAAUCGUCAUUUUUCCGCAGUUCCAAAGGCUGCUCGGAUGCUCCGUGUGAACAAAACUGCACCGUAGUAAAAGACGGAUUCAAAUGCUCCUGUUUCCGAGGAUACGCACCACACAGCGAGGAUCCCAGAAGGUGCAGAAUCCAUUGCUCUCGGGAAAGAUGUCCUGCCAUUUGCGAGAAAAACACUAACAGCGCUUGCUUCUGCGCUGAAGGCUUCAUCAUCAAUGAUCAAUUCUGUGAAGACAUCGACGAAUGCAUCAUGGGGGAAUGCGACCAAGAAUGUAAAAACACAUUCGGAAGUUUUAUCUGCUCCUGUAAAGAAGGCUACGUUCUAACGGAACAAGUGAAAUGCGUCCGAGCAGUCGGCGGACAUUUUGAUAUCACCACUCCAUCCGCCAAAGGUUACGUUAAACCCAACAACGAUACCAUGAAAGGUUCCUCCGUGUCUGCAGCCACUUUUAUUUGGCUGUGGAUUUUACUCGCUUUGUUCGUGGUUGGGUUAAUAUGUAUCGGGAGAGUCUACGUGAUGAAACGGCACAAGCGAAGAGAGCAAAAUUCCAACCCAAUUCCGAGUGCCGCGGUGGGAAAUACUUAGGUGCUGAUUUUAACUUGUUUGCAUGCAUUUUACUUCAUGGCUGCCUGUUAUGUUAUGUUAUGUUAUUAUCGAGAAGGGAUACUUUAAAUAAACAUCAACUAGAAAAUGUUUCCACAGCAUAAUAAUUGUUCAACAUGAAAGAAUUACAAAUACAGUGAACCUCGGAUAUAUCCGACUCGGAUAUAUCGGAAAUUGGCUCACAACGGACAGAUAAAAAAAGAACCGAUUUUUCUGUAAUGCAUUUCCAAUAAAAAUUCAUUGCAUAUAUCGGAUUUUUUUAUAACGGAUUUCGCCUAUUUCGGACAAAAUCUGCAGUCCCGUUCCAUUCCCGCAUUUCCAUGAAAUUUCCCUCGCAUAUAUCGGAUAUAUCGCCGCAUCGUGGCGCUCCGAUUCGCCGAAUCGUGACAGGCCGCUAUACGACGUCAUUUGCAGCGUUUGCUGUUAGCGUUGCCUGCGCGUCCAGGUACAUUGGAAACAUAGUCAAGGAAGUGCCUUUUUAUAACGGAUAAAAUCCCAUUUACGCAUAUACCGGAUAUAAAUCCGAUAUAUGCGUAAAACGGACAUUUUCCGGUAUACGCAUAUAACGGAUUUCGCUUAUAUCGGACAAAACCAGUAGGAACAAUUGAAUCCGAUAUAUCCGAGGUUUACUGUAGAUGGAAGAUGAAGCCAUUUCUUAGGCAUUAUUAUGAAGUCAUUAUUUAUUUUUAUGAUCAGUCCCUUUUUGUUUAGCAAAGAUAUUAAUAUUGCUGAUUUAACUCAAAAAGAUUAUAUAUACAAAUACAUUCAUUCAUUGCUGGAGCCUAUCCCAGCUGUCUUCAAGCAAGAGGCGGGGUACACCCUGGACUGGUGGCCAGCCAAUCCCAGGGCACAUAUAGACAAACAACCAUUCACACUCACAUUCAUACCUAUGGACAAUUUGGAAUCGCUAAUUAACCUAGCAUGUUUUUGGAAUGUGGGAGGAAACUGGAGUACCCGGAAAAACAUGCAAACUCCACACAGAGAUAUUCGAGGAUGGAAUCGAACUCGGGUCUCUUAGCUGUGAGACCUGCAUGCUAACCUUUUUUUUUACACCGUGCAUCCAUGAAUCAAUCAUUCAUUCAGUGUUGCAGGGAUGCUGGAGCCUAUCCCAGCUGUCUUCAAGCAAGAGGCGGGGUACACCCUGGACUGGUGGCCAGCCAAUCCCAGGGCACAUAUAGACAAACAACCAUUCACACUCACAUUCAUACCUAUGGACGAUUUGGAGUGGCUAAUUAACCUAGCAUGUUUUUGGAAUGUAGGAGGAAACCGGAGUACCCGGAGGGAGAAAACCCACGCAUGCACGGGGAGAACGUACUAACUCCACACAGAGAUGGAAUUGAACUUGGGUCUCCUAGCUGUGAGGCCUAACCACUUAAUCACCGUCCAGCCCCAUACAAAAAAAGUGUUUUCCCCCUUUCCUGAUGUUUGUCACAAUUAAAUGUUUCAGAUCAUGAAACAAAUGUAAAUAUAUGCAAAUAUAUGUAAAUAUAUGUAAAUAUACAGUUGAGUCCAGCACUUACUAAAAUCAUCUUUAUUGUCUGUCUAACAUCGCCAUCUACUGUUAUUUACAUCAAAUUUCACAUCUUGCAUAAAAUAAUCCUUCGGUGGUUCUUUAAACGUGUUUUUGUUUCAUUUCCAGGCAGGACAGUAAUACUUGUGUAUUUUAUUUGCUAUUGUAGUAAAUCAGAGUCACAGACAUAUGUACUAUAUAUAUGAUAUAGGGUUUGGUGUCUAUACUAUACUUCUAUAGCAGGAUAUAUAGCAGGAUAGAGAUAUUUGAGCUCUUAUGAGUGUAACUUGGCUCGCGCCAGUGGAUUCCAAUAGGGGGAUUGUUUGUGACAUUUGGUUCCACUUGGUGGACACUUCGAAGAUUUUGAAAUUUUCUUGCCCAAACUAAAUUUUUGCCACAGUUAACGGGCCACCACGAGCCAGUUGGGAGGCAGUUUGAGCCACUACACGCCACUAGGCACCUUAUUGACGACACCAGUAGCGUCAUUAGGCCUAUUUUAGGGGGACUUCAGUCCGCCUAAAAUGUU